AUGAGCGGCAUUGACGCGGCUAUCUGCCGUGCGGAGGAGAAUUACUGGUGGACUUGUCUUCUGCCAGGCGCCAUUCAGAAGGACCCUGUCGUGUACAGCAUUGGCUGUCACGGGCAGUACUCAUUCGAAGACUCAAUCUACAAGCUUCUGCACGUGCAGUCACACACGUUCGACCCGUUUCUUGAUCCAGCCACCACCACCCGCAUGCAAAACGUCUCCUCCCUCAUCUUCCACCCCAUCGGCCUUUCUGCAAGCUCCGUCCUCCAAAUCUACACCGCCAAGUUCCCUCAAAAGCAGUUCAAGACACUAGGAGGCAUCAUGCAGCUGUUGAAUCAUUCAUAUGUGGACGUGUUCAAGAUUGACUGCGAGGGGUGUGAGGAGGCGCUGAUUACGGAGAUCGGGGCGGCGAAUGGAAAUGCAGCUGCGCAGCUGAGUUUGCACGGGGGCACGCUGCCAUUCGGACAGAUCUUGGUCGAGUUUCACAAAAUGCACCUGCCCCAGGUCACCCUGCCGCUCGUCUACACGUUGGAGAAGCUUGGGUAUCGCAUGUUCAGCAUUGAGUACAACCAGCAGUGCGCGAAAUGCUGCGAGAUGAGCUUCAUUCAUGAGAGCCUCGUGCGGCCAGGUAGUGAUAAGAACUGUCACCCAUUUCUGGCUUCGGAAGUGUUUGUAAGCAAGGAAGAUGCAGAUGCUGUGAUGCAGGAAAAGCUGGGAUUUGGAAGUGACUUGAAACAAUCGGGUGGAGGUUGA